AUGAAUGAUUUAGAGCAAGGCCAAGGGGAGUAUCAACAACCACAUGAUAUAUCUAGUUUAUUACUAUCUCAGUUAAUUUCUAAUAACAACGAAAAUUUUAUUUCCAACAAUAAUAAUACUGCAAACAGUAUUUUAACACCUAUACUAACACAAAAUGGCGCUACUAAUACCACCACUUCUACCAAUAAUGCACAACCCAACGAAAAUACGGAUCCUGCUACUUCUAAUUCUGCCUCAUACGCCAUAGAUCAUGAAAUUUUAAAAUGGGCUGGUAAAUUAGAGCUAGAAAGCGUAGAACUAAGAGAGAAAAAUGAUAAAUUAUUGGAAUUUAUUGAAGAACAGAAUCAAUGCUUGCAGCAAAUUCUUUCAAAAAAUAAAACUACCACUGAUUCAAAUCAAAAAGCUAUGGCAAAAAAAAUUGAAGAACUAAUCAAAAAAUUGGAACAAUAUAUUAAAGCUACAACUGCAAAUAACGGGAAAAAAAAGAACGUUAACAAUAACAACAACAACAACAAGGAACAAGAAGCACGCAUACUUUUUUUACAAAAUCAACUAAUAAAUAUGGAAAAGAAAUUUAAUCAGUUAUUUAACAUGGAGGAAAAGUUAUCCAAUAUCGAAACAACACAACUAAAAAUAUUGAUGAAAAUUGAAGAAUUGGGCAGCAGUACUACUACAGAUAACACUACCAUUAUCGAAAAAAAAAACAAAAAAAGAAAAAUUAUAUUAUCUGAUGAAGAAUUCUAA